CAAAGAGUUUCAUCUGCAUAGGUGGGAACGGGACAGAAGAAACUAGAAUAAUUCAACAGAUUAUGCAGAGAGCGCACUAGAAGCAAUUUCCAGAAGACAUCAAAAGCAAAUAGCAGUUUACAGAACAAGAGAUACAUCAGAAGUACCGUACAGACUUCUUGGCUCUCACUGUCCAUCUGCAGUCAGCAAACAGAAGUCCCCCUCGCAGAAAAAGAGGAAGCUACCAAUGAGGAAUAUGAAGCUGUUAGUCAUCUUGGUGUUCAUUGUGGUCAGCAUUGACGAGGUGAACUCACUUCGACGGUCCGAGAGACAAAAAGCACAACGCGCAGGGAAAAUUUGUGUGACUGGAGAUGGGAGCAACUACAGAGGCACUGUGUCCACCUCAGCCCGAGGCCGUCGAUGCCUUGACUGGGACCUCUUCUCCUCCUGGGAGCACUAUCACCCCUCCAAGGGCCUGGGGCCACACAACCACUGCAGAAAUCCCAACAAAAGCCUGAAGCCAUGGUGUCGCGUGCGAAGAGGAGGAAGAAUAAUCAGAGAGUUCUGCGGCGUUCGCAAAUGCAUGCCCGAAGCAGCUCCUGUUACAACCACACAACCCAAGGCUUCUGUGGACACAGAGCUGACCUGCGGCGAGCGGACCGAGCGCCGGAGCAACAGGGUCGUGGGGGGCGUCGUGGCACCCAUCCAGGCCCACCCGUGGGUGACCGCCAUCUACCGGCAGCGCAGCUUCCUGUGCGGAGGAACCCUCAUCGCACCCUGCUGGGUCCUCACCGCCGCGCACUGCUUCGCUGACGGGUGAGAGCAGCCUCAAACC